CUCCAUUUUGCGCUGGAAAAGGACACCGAGCAAGAGGAAGCGGCAGAGCGAGGCGCGGCUCUCGUCUCCAGGGGGCGCCCACAAGUAGCGGAGGAGGAAGGCGCCGGACGGACGAGUGCCGCUCUGGCGCCCACGCUCUAUGGCCCUUUCCCGCCCUCCGUCAGGGGAGGAGCGCGGGGAAGUCGCGCGCAAGCCCGGCGUGUCAAUUCCCGUUCUUUUUUUUUUUGCUCCGCCCCCGCAGGGCUUUUGUCGGAAGCCCCGCGCGAGUUCUCUUCUGCGCCUGCGCGGCUGCAGCCUGAGGAGAGCCAGCUUUGAGGUGCCGCCGCCACCAUGACUACGACGUUGGCCAAGAUCGCCGAGAUCGAGGCGGAGAUGGCUCGCACCCAAAAGAAUAAAGCCACGGCCCACCACUUGGGGCUGUUGAAAGCCCGCCUGGCCAAGCUGCGUCGAGAGCUGAUUACCCCAAAAGGAGGCGGAGGGAGCGGAACCGGAGAAGGUUUUGAUGUGGCGAAGACUGGCGAUGCCCGGAUUGGUUUUGUGGGCUUCCCUUCGGUGGGGAAAUCUACUCUGCUAAGCAAUCUUGCUGGUGUUUACUCAGAAGUAGCUGCGUACGAGUUCACGACUCUAACCACAGUUCCAGGAGUGAUCCGGUACAAAGGAGCCAAAAUACAGCUUCUUGAUUUACCAGGAAUUAUCGAGGGUGCUAAAGAUGGGAAAGGCAGAGGUCGCCAGGUCAUUGCAGUUGCCCGAACCUGCAACCUUAUCCUGAUUGUUCUGGAUGUUCUGAAACCUUUGGGACAUAAGAAGAUAAUUGAGAGCGAGCUGGAGGGCUUCGGGAUACGUUUGAACAGCAAACCUCCCAAUAUUGGCUUUAAAAAAAAGGACAAAGGAGGCAUUAACCUCACGGCCACAUGUCCACAGAGUGAGCUGGAUAUCGAAACUGUGAAGAGCAUCUUGGCAGAAUAUAAAAUCCACAAUGCUGAUAUCACCCUGAGGAGCGAUGUGACUGCAGAUGACCUCAUUGAUGUGGUUGAAGGAAACAGAGUUUACAUCCCAUGCAUUUAUGUAUUGAACAAAAUUGAUCAAAUCUCCAUUGAGGAACUAGACAUCAUUUACAAAGUGCCCCACUGCGUUCCCAUCUCUGCUCAUCAUCGGUGGAAUUUUGAUGACCUGCUGGAGAAAAUCUGGGAUUACCUUAAACUUGUGCGGAUUUACACUAAACCCAAAGGGCAGCUCCCAGAUUAUACUUCUCCAGUGGUCCUGCCUGACUCCCGGACCACCGUGGAGGAUUUCUGCAUGAAGAUUCAUAAAAACCUAAUUAAAGAUUUCAAAUACGCUCUUGUGUGGGGCUCAUCCGUCAAGCACAACCCUCAAAAAGUGGGAAAAGAUCAUACUUUGGAGGAUGAAGAUGUCAUUCAGAUAGUCAAGAAAUAAAAAAAAAUCCCUCUGGCCCAUCGAUCGCGAUUCCUUUCAGAAAAGACUAACUAUGGAACUUCUUGGCCUGCCAGAUGGUUGAGUGGAUGCGAACACAACUUGGCAAGUUUGUGGACUGAUUAAAAUCUUUUUGCUGAGGUGGGCGGGAGAGCAUUGCACACACACGUGGCUUUGCACUGCUGUUUAAUUAAGUCCACAUUUUUGUCCUGGGAAGAGUUCAGUCAAUGGAGCUUUUAUGCUGCCGACAUAAAUUAGGAUACAAAUUAAAACUUUUUCUCGUUAUCAUUUGUGGAUUUGUAUACAAAAGUGAUGGUCUUGUCCCUGUUACUGAUGUAAAUAAAAUCUACAGGCAAAAA